UAUGAUUUAUUUUAGAUCACAAAUUUUAAAACUCUUUCAUUUUUUUCUAAAAUUUUGUACACUUAAACAAGUUACAUAACUUGAGUUGGAGGAAUAUAGCUCUAAUAAAUCCCUAUCUUUUCUCACUUCUCAGUGACCCUGUGAUUAUCUUUGUAAAAACAAAAGGUGUUUGUUUUCCUUAGUUCUCCUUUGGGAUUUAGAUGUUUCCCUCUGAUCAAAAGUUACCAAAUUUACAAAAAAAAAAUACUUCGAAGAUGACCUUUGAAGGAAAUGCAGAUGGAAAAUGGAGUGAGAAGAAAAUGGAAGAAGAUGAUAGUUUGAGAACUGUGGAAUGUCUAAGAGGAAGAUUGCUUGCUGAAAGAGUGGCUUCAAGAAAUGCAAAAGAAGAGGCAGAUAUUAUAGCAAACAAGCUGAUUGAACUGGAGAAUAAGUUGAGAGAGGAGACUAAAUCAAGAAACAAAGCUGAGAAGAAGCUUAUAUUUCUAUUAAAGAAGCUUGAAUCCAAGAAUAUAUCUUAUAAUAUUUCAGAUGAAAUAUCAGUAACAUCUACAGAUAAAAUACAAAAUUCACAAGACACUGAGUGUCAAGAAUCUGUUGGGAGUACAAAAUCUUGCUAUGAAAAUGUUGAAAACAACAAUCGUUUAGAGCUCAUUGAGAAGAGAUCAAAAUAUGAAGAAAACUCAAUCAAUUUAGAGAAGGAUGCUUCACAAAUGAGUACUUCUAGCCAAGAUAAUAAUGAGAAUUCUUCAGCAAAAGACCGUUCAGUAAAAUCAAGUGAAUUUGAAUUCUCAAAGUCAGAUUCCACUAGUUUGAAAUCUUCAGUUGAGGAGGAAGAGAAAAAUGGAGGAAAUCAAGAGGACAAUUCAUUGGCAUUAGUUCCUAUGGAUAUUCCAAAGACAAAGCAAACUAUUGAUCCAAUUGUUCUUGAUGCUACAGUGAGAGAAGUUCUUGAUGCACUGAGGCAUGCUAAAGAGAAAAUUCAGACUCAAAUGCAGAGAAGCCAAAUGAUUAAAUCUAGUUAAGCUCUCUGCAGAGUCAUAAUCAGAAUUUAAAGUUUAUGAUGGGUUGGGGAUUCUAGUUCUUUUAGAGUAUUUGGGUUCUAAAUUAAUAAUUUGUAGCUAUUCAAUGAAUUUUCUAAUACAAAUACGGGGUCUGGUCAAAGCUAUUAGGUUCGGCCGAAUCCGUAACGGAAGCAUUAGUUCCUUCACUAGCUCCUUGUUACUCAAACUUUUCAAAAAUACUACCGAGUGUGUAUUGUAUUCUCCAAAACCUAUGUAUUCUUGAAGAAUUCGACAAAGAUACAACACUUUGGAUGAUCCGAGCAACA